AUACGGGCAAAACCAUUUAUUUUAUACGGACGAAAAGAAAAAGAGAGGAGACAAAAGAACAAAAACGAAAAAGCAAGAAGAGAACAGGAAAGAAGGGAAAAAAGAAGAGAUUCAGAGGAAAAAAGAAAUGGGGGGAGAGGAAGAACGAAAGAAAGAAAAGUAGUGGCUCUCCCUCUUGGCAGGGUUCAUGUUGACUUUUAUAUACUGUCAACUAGGUGCGAAAUGUCGAUCCGGUGUGCUUCUUGAUAUUUUAAAAAAAUAAAAUAAAAUAAACUAAGGUGGUAUGUUGGACCACCUUUCAGUGGGCUGGACACCGUAAUAAACCCUAUUCCAACUGCGGCCCAGACACCGGAACAAACCCUAGUAUAAAUGUCUCCCGUUCCCGGAACUCUUCUCUUUUCAGCCACCGAAAACAACCAAACAGACGUCUGAGCGACUGGCCGACCACAGGGUUCGAAUUGCAAAUCCAACCACCAGGAGGGGAGAUGGACUCGGCUGGGAACAUCAGAACUAGCGGGUUGAAUACUGCUGGAGCAUGCGGUGAGGAUGUCAACUGUCCUAUUCAAAGGUGGUGUCACCUAUGCGGCCAGGUCCAGCAGGUAGUUAAAGGACCACGCUCUGAAGAAUGCCCACCUUUUGACGGCAAGCACCCUCCCAAGGAAGGGCCGGACGAAAGUCCCCGAUGCCCUCUCUGUGAAGGGAACAUGACGGUGAUGCAGCAUUGGGUGCCUGAAAUCAAGAGGCUGAGGCCGUACUGGAGGUGUGCCGGUACCAACGGGUUCCCAUAUUGCAGGGGGUAUAGAUGGGUGGACGAGAUGACCGUGGGAUGCACCGAGCAUAAUGCAGGGGUGAGAUAUAAUGACAUUGAUGCACGUACGAACCUCACAAUGUACGGUCCUAAUUGUGAAGUGUGUGAUGGCUUCAUGAUGUCGUUUAUAUCACGAUCUGAAUUGAAUCCAGGCAGGCCUUAUUGGUUCUGCUAUGGUUACCCUGGUCCAAUCCACAGGCCACAAUUCAUAUGGGGAGAUGAGUGCAAAAUACAUUUUGCGGGAUUUGAUUCCUUCACUCAAUAUGAAGUUCCGGCACGGUCACCACAGGAAGGUGCAUAAUGCGCCUACCGACGCGUCGUGUGGCUAUUUACAUUCAACGUAGUUGAUAUCCGGCUCACUCCACUUGUUCCAUUCGUCGGACAUUGACUUAGAAUAUUGGCUUCUCCAGUUUCAUCAACGUUUUGGCGGAAGGGUCUACAAAUUUCAAUACAGACACGAUUCUGCACAAACUGAGUUCAACCACCAUUAAAUCCAAUGAUGUAUUCUAAACCAUACAUCAUUGGUGGCUAAAGCAUAAACUGCGAUCGUAACAAAUUCAAUAUGACAAUCCACAUUCUUAACUCCUACCUCAAUGGUGCCUAAUGCAUACUGGGCCUCGUAACUGGUGUACCUGUCCACAUGCACAAUAAAUCUCAAUGGUGCCUACUGCAUAAUGGGCCUUGUAACAGAUUGAAUGCGACAAUCCCCGCC